AUGCUUGUGGUGGAAAAGAUCAGUUCAUGGAUACGUGAUAGGUUUACAAUUUAUCACAUUAUCACUGCAAUAAUCCAGUUGUUUGGUGCUUUUGUUGUAGCUGUUAUUUCGCCUUUUCUUCUCAGACAACUUCUGCUUCCUUCAUUAGUGGAAUAUACAGUACCAUUGCAUUUCAAUUUUGAGACAUGUCGUGAACAACUUGCUGGUGUUUGUUCAUUUCCAAUUGCUGUGGUUGAUUUCUCGGUGGAAAAGCUGAAAUUAUCACCGGGAGAAAAUUAUGAAAUUAGCAUUGAAAUUAUUCUAUCAGAAUCAACGAUCGCCUCAAAUGUUGGCAUUUUUCAAGCCGUUGUUGAGUUGGUGGAUCCAAAUGACCCAAGAAAUAUGAAAAGGACAUUUCGGAAGUCGUGUUUUGUGAAUAGAAAUCAUAGUUUGAUAUAUCGCAUAGUUCAAGGAUGGUGGAAUUUGGCAUGCCAAACACUAUUCUUUCCUGCUUAUUUUCUUGGAUUGUUGACUAUGUCAGAUAAUCGUAAAUUAGAAGUCUCAUUCACCAAUCAUUUGGUUGACAGUGAUCUAGAUAACACCGCAUUACUUUAUGUACAACUUCAAAAUCGCUUUAUUGAGGUGGAAUCAGGAAAACUCUCAUUCAGGGUUCGUUUUGGUUUAUUACGUGUCUUUCUUCACGAUUAUCCAAUAAUUUCUUCCUUACUGAUCAUCAUCUUUGCAUAUUUCAUGUGCCUAACGGGAAUUGCUCUUUAUUGGAUAAUACAGACUCUUUUUGGUUUCUUCGCAUAG